AUGUCCCAACCAGCAGGUGAUAUUGGUUUGAUCGGUUUGGCCGUCAUGGGCCAGAACUUGAUUCUCAACGCAGCUGACCACGGUUUCACCGUCGUCGCCUACAACAGAACCGUCUCAAAGGUCGACCACUUCUUGGCCAACGAAGCCAAGGGAAAAUCCAUCAUUGGUGCCCACUCUGUCGCUGAAUUGUGCGCAAACUUGAAGAGACCAAGAAGAAUCAUCCUUUUGGUCAAGGCCGGUGCUGCUGUCGACGCCUUCAUCGAACAAUUGUUGCCCCACUUGGAAAAGGGCGACAUCAUCAUCGAUGGUGGUAACUCCCAUUUCCCAGAUUCCAACAGACGUUACGAGGAAUUGAAGGGCAAAGGUAUCUACUUCGUCGGAAGCGGUGUUUCUGGUGGUGAAGAAGGUGCCCGUUACGGUCCAUCCUUGAUGCCAGGUGGUGCCGAAGAGGCAUGGCCACACAUCAAGGACAUUUUCCAGUCCAUUGCCGCCAAGUCCGACGGCGAGCCAUGCUGUGACUGGGUCGGUCCAGCAGGGGCCGGCCAUUACGUCAAGAUGGUCCACAACGGUAUCGAGUACGGUGACAUGCAAUUGAUCACCGAAGCGUACGAUAUCAUGAAGCGUGUCGGUGGCUUCAACGACAAGGAGAUCGGUGAAGUGUUCGCCAAGUGGAACAAGGGUGUCUUGGACUCGUUCUUGGUCGAAAUCACCAGAGAUAUCUUGCUGCACGACGACGUCGACGGUACCCCAUUGGUCGAGAAGAUCUUGGAUUCCGCUGGCCAAAAGGGUACCGGUAAGUGGACCGCCAUCAACGCCUUGGAUCUAGGUAUGCCAGUCACUUUGAUCGGUGAAGCCGUGUUCGCCCGUUGUUUGUCGUCCUUGAAGGACGAAAGAGUCAGAGCAUCCAAGGUCUUGCCAGGCCCACAAGUGCCAAAGGACCUCAUCAAGGACAAGCAAAAGUUCGUCGACGACUUGGAACAAGCUUUGUACGCCUCCAAGAUCAUCUCCUACGCCCAAGGUUUCAUGUUGAUCCGUGAAGCCGGUAAGACCUACGGCUGGAAGUUGAACAACCCUGCCAUCGCCUUGAUGUGGAGAGGUGGUUGUAUCAUCAGAUCCGUGUUCUUGGGUGAAAUCACCAAGGCCUACAGAGAAAACCCAGAGUUGGAAAACUUGCUAUUCAACAAGUUCUUCUCCGAUGCCGUUGAAAAGGCUCAAUCCGGCUGGAGAAACACCAUCGGCCUAGCCGUCACCGCAGGUAUCCCAACCCCUGCCUUCUCCACCGCCCUAUCCUUCUACGACGGUUACAGAUCCGAAAGAUUGCCUGCUAACUUGCUACAAGCCCAACGUGACUACUUCGGUGCCCACACCUUCAAGGUCUUGCCUGAAGCUGCCUCCGAAACCUUGCCAGCCGGCCAAGAUAUCCACAUCAACUGGACCGGUAAGGGUGGUAACGUUUCCGCCUCCACCUACCAGGCUUAA